AUGGAAUUAAACCAAAAGCAGGAUGGUCUCCUGUUGGAGCAGUCCUCCUGUGUCAAUCUUUCCAUUGACUUGGGACCACAAUGCAGCAAAAUUUACAACAAUCCAUUGCUUGAUAGAGACAGUCAUGUUGACAAGGCAGGAUCAGACUUUCCUGGCCACCGUGACCUCGAGACUUUCAUCAAACUCAUGCGCAAUGGUUUGUUGUACAAAAUGCAACAACAAAAAGCAGAGACGCCCAAAUACGGAGGCCUUGUGAUUCCAUUUCAGAUGGAAAAUUGGUUUGGCGCCUUCAGUACUAUUUGGUUCAUCCACCACCACCACUUGCAGGAACCAAACUGCUUUCCUGUACCCAGAAAAGAGCUGGAGGUUUUAAAGAAACAUCAAUCCACCAUUUGUGCUGUGGCUAGGAACAUGAAGGAUUUGCGGAAAAAGAUCGGAGCUCAACAUGAAAUCCAAGCAAUGAUUGCAGAUUUAGCAAAACUCUGUUUUGUGCCAAACAAUGCUCCAAACAAUUCAAAUCCCUCAACUCAUGCAAAAAGAAAAGCAGUAGACGUAGAUGUUGUUGCUACAGCAAAGAAGUGUGGUCAAAAAACUCAGUCUGUGAACACUCCCAAAAGUUUUGGGACCUGGGUGGUGGACAUCAACAUUUCACCCUCCAAAAGAUACCUCCAAUGCAAGAAAGACCCCAAAAACCUUGUCCGAGUUUUCUCUUGUCCAGUCUGUAAGCAUGCAAAGAGAAUUCCAUCACUGGACAAAAUGUCAAACAAUCUGCAUGUUCAACUGGAAUUCACCCCUUCUCCAAGGUCUCCCUUUGUUGAUUGGGAGCAAUCAAAGCCAUCAGAUGCACUGAAACGUCAUAAAAUCUAUGUAGCUAGCGAGCAAUGA